CCUUAUUAGACUAUAUUCCAGAAAUCAAGGACAAAACAAAGCAACCCAACAAGGUAAUCCACAACAUCACCAUAGCAACCACUAUGAUUACCCUCACAACUCCGGUCAAAACUACCGCAAUGGCCACCCUAGUGGACCUCCUGGCUGGGCAACCCAGCCUAUUCCCCAACAAAGGGGUGGUCAAAUCCCUCCUGAAGAAGACCCUAUAGUUAGGGAGCUACAUGGGGAGCUUGAAAAAGCUCAAGAUGACAUAACAGAACUUGUUCAACUCCUAAAGGAGAAAGACCACGACUUGCAGGAUACAAUGGCACAAACAGGAAGGUCAAAUCAAAUUGUUG